GCCCGCGACGACCACGCCGAUGCCGCCGCCCGGCGCGCCGCUGCCAGCCUUCGCGCGCGCGCUGGCCGACCUCCUCGUCGCGCUCUCCGCCACCCGCGCGCUCCCCAAGGGGCAGCAGCUCCACGGCCACCUCCUCAAGGCCGGCCACCUCCCCGCCACCGCUUCCACCCACACGCUGCUCGCGCACCACCUCAUCACCUUGUACGCGCGCUGCGCGCUCCCGGACCUCUCCCACCGCGCCUUCCUCGACCUCCCGUCGCCGCCCUCCCCCGCGGCGUGGUCAUCCCUCAUCUCCUCCUUCUCCCAGAACGGCCUCCCCGCGUCAGCCUUCGACGCGUUCCGCCGCAUGCUCGCGGCGGGCGUCCCCGCCACCGACCGCUCCAUCCCCUCGGCCGCGAAGGCCAUCGCCGCCGCCAAGACCUUGUCGCGCCCGCCGCUCGCCCCUCACGCGCUCCACGGUCUCUCCGCCAAGACGCCGUUCGCAGGCGACGUGUUCGUUGGAUCGGCGGUUCUCGACAUGUAUGCUAAGUGCGGGCACCUUGCGGACGCCCGCCGGCUAUUCGAUGAAAUGCCGGAGCGGAAUGUUGUCUCUUGGUCCGCACUCAUAUGUGGGUACGCUGAUGCUGGGAUGCACCCUGAAGCGUUGGGAAUCUUCCGCUUGGCACUCGAGGAGGCUGUUGCAGUGAAUGACUUCACAGUUUCGUGCAUCAUCCGUGUAUGUGCUGCAGCGACACUCUUUGAGCUUGGAGCCCAGGUGCAUGCCAGGGCUAUAAAGGCAUGGCUUGAUGUGUCACCCUUUGUGGGUAGCUCGCUCGUUUCGCUUUACUCAAAGUGUGGGCUCGUGGAUUGUGCUUACCGGGUGUUUAGUGAAGCGCCCGAGAAGAACCUUGGAAUUUGGAAUGCAGUACUAAUUGCGUCUGCUCAGCAUGGGCAUACAUCGGCCGCAUUUGAGAGGUUUAUGGAGAUGCAGAGCUCUGGGUUCCGGCCCAACCAUAUUACCUUCCUGUGCUUGCUCACUGCUUGUAGCCAUGCUGGUUUUGUUGAUGAAGGGAAGAGAUAUUUCGCCCUUAUGAAAGAGUACGGCAUUGAACCGCAGUCUGAACACUAUGCGGCAAUGGUUGACCUACUUGGUCGUGUAGGACGUAUAGAAGAAGCAUUUGACCUUAUUGAUUCCAUGCCUAUGGAGCCACCUGAGUCUGUUUGGGGUGCACUCCUUAUGGCAUGCCGUAUGUUUAAGGAUGCUGAUACUGCAGCAAUUGCAGCACAGAGGCUGUUUCAAACUGGGUCUCGCAGCUCUGGCGCACAUAUGCUCUUGUCAAGUACAUACGCAGCUGCAGGAAGGCAUGCUGAUGCAGCACUUGCUAGGAAAGCUAUGCGCGAUGCAGGUAUACAGAAAGAAACUGGACUUAGCUGGCUGGAGGCUGCAGGGAAGGUGCAUUCCUUUGUGUCGAACUGCAGGAGACACCAAAGAAGUGAGGAAAUUUACAGGGUGCUUGAGAAAGUUAGUGAGAAGAUGGAGGCAGCUGGUUAUGUGGCAGAUACUAGUGCAGUGGUUAAGGAUGUGGAUGGAGAUGAGAAGGAAGCAACAGUGAGGUAUCACAGCGAAAGACUAGCAAUUGGGUUAGGUCUUUUGAUUGUUCCAGAAGGUGUACCGAUCCGAGUUAUGAAGAAUCUGCGUGUGUGUGAUGAUUGCCACAAUGCAAUUAAGUAUCUAACUAAGUGCACAGGAAGGGUUGUGGUUCUCAGGGAUAAUCGCCGGUUUCACCGAUUUGAAGAUGGGGUUUGUUCUUGUGGGGAUUUCUGGUAAUAUCUUAUCUUUCAUAUGUUCUUGGAAAUUUUGCUCUAUGUGGAUUCAUCUAGAAGGUAAACAUAUGUUUCCUUAGUAAAUGAUAUGUCUGAGUUCAAUGUCCGAUAUGAUAAUAAAGUGGAUCUUGAUAUAUGAGUUUCACAUAAUUGAAUAAUGAUAGUCCAAUUUUCUAUUUCUUUGGGGAUCACAAGAGUUCAGAGUAUUUUGGAAAAAAACAUGAUACUUGGACAUGGCAUGCAAUCUUGUACUCGGAGGGUCCACAUGGCGCCAAGGCAUUUGCUCAAUAUUCUGGAGCACGCAUUUGGACAGUACAAGUAGCAUGUUCUGCCGAACAAGGGAUCAGAUAGGACAUGUAAUACCAGUGUCAAGCAGGAUACUAUACAUUUAUUCUCAAGCUUAGUUUGAUGAUCUGAAUGGUGAAGAAUGAGCAUCCUAUGAUACUUGAGACUGAUCUGUCGUUUUCUUGUGCAAGAAAGGUUUACUUGUAUUUCAUCAAACAUUGGAUGUAUCUGGCAAGUAAACUUGCAAAUUUCUCUGCACUGAGUACUAUUUAUUUAUGUUGUUAUCCUCGAUUAUUUUCUUCCGCAAUAGCAGGGCUUAAUUUUUUUGAAGAAAAAUAGGGAAAAUCAGUGUUUUUAAGGUGUCCUUAAGGUGUCGCCUAGGCAACAAGGCGGUGGUGGCUCACCUCACCUAAGGUGACGCCUUAUCCCGCCUUAGCCCCGCCUAGGCGAUAAGGCGGUGGUGGCUCGCCUCGCCUCCCCUUAACGCUUUAAAAACCAUGAAAACAAUACUUUUCUUUUUGAAAUGUACGAUGGUUCUUUUAUUUUUAUAGUUGUUUUGAAUUGAGUUAGUUGCUCUUGAGGAACUACAUUAUGUUCGUUAUUAUUGGAUCAAGACUUAAUAGGUGAUGCUAAUAUCUCAAUGAAAUAUACUUUGGAGGUGGCAGGUAGACUGAUGAGCUGUAUUUAUGUGAAUAUUAUGUUUGUACAGUAAGGUUCUCCAGAAAGGAAAGAGAGAAAAUUAAAAACAUUGAAACCAGCUAGGCCUAUCUUAACCUAAAAUGGACCAAAUCUUGUGUGGGAUGGAGUGAAUCAUAAGCUAAUCAUGCUUGUCCUUACCAAAUAAUUGUGAUUAGUGCGGUCAGUACAUUGGAAUGCACAGGAACUUCCUGUAUAUGUACUGUUGUAUGUAUGUUGUCAAUAAAAGUGGCUUGUGGGUUGGUGGCUGAAUCCUGCCUUUCUGAAAAGAACUUUCAUUAUUAUGUGAUCAUUGUUUGUGUUUCCUUCUAGUGAAGACAUAGUUAUUUUUUUUUUUCUCGAAUACGCAGGAGAGCUGCGUAUCUUUGUAUUAAUAGAGAGAAUAAACCGGCCCCUUACAAACUAGCACACCUCACUCCGAGCCGAGCUGUGAGGGGCUGUGAUACACUAUGAUGUUGUAGCCUAAGAAAAAAACAAAAA